AAAAGGUCGUUCGACCCCCAAAGGGGUCGCGACCCACAGGUUGAGAACCGCUGAUCUAGAAUGUAGAACCAUUGGCCCUCCUGGUCCUAGAAUCGUAUACCUAUCAAGCCUGUGCAUCUGAAGCACAGCCAUUCUGGCGGCUGGGGGGUGGAAUACGGCCGUUAGCCGUGCCUGGGUCACCUCCCCACUCCGGGAAGAAGGGAGUUGGCCACAGCCAAACCACAGGCGAGCGUGAAGGGCUGGGUGCUUCCUCCAGCAAAAUCAGGGUGCCGUCCCUAGAAGAAUGGGAGGCAAGAGCUGCUCAUGUGGACCCCUGGGCCGCCUUGGGAGUGUGUGCUAAUGACACUCUCACACCAUCCAUGAAAGAUGGAGGCAGGAGAGGGUCUGGAAAGCUUCCUAGAAUGGUGAGACCCGAGUUAAGUCCCAUCUGUAGGGAGAUGGUGCUUCUGGCUGAGAAGAUGCCUUGAGCAAAAGCCUGGUGAAUGCGGGCGGGGGUGGGGGGGCAGUGGGCAGAGGGGUGGGAUUGCACAGGCCUGGAGCGAGGGCUGGACUGGAGAGGCCGUGAAGGAGUAGGAGCGGGGAAAAGGGAGCUUCCGUCUGGUGAAGUGACCAUCAUGAGACCCUGCGUGCCAGGUAGUCAAGCUUGGACUUGACUCUUGCCCGGACACCAUCCAUCAGGGAGCUGACUCAGAGAGCUGGGCCCAGGGGAGCCACGUAGCAGAGACUUCCUCUGAGGGAUGAGCAAAGCUGGCCCCAAGCGAGGAGGGGAGGGCCUAGGGUCACACACUGGGUGUGAAGGGAUGGGGAGGAGACAGGGUUAGCUGCUCUGCCUCCCCUCACAGACCCCCCCACCGGUCUCUUACUCUCCCCUCCUCAGAGAAGUCUUGGGGCUGGUGGACAUGGUCGCCCUGGAGAACGGGGAGCUGGGGCCCCUUCUGUCGCCUGGCACCGUCCGGGGCUUGGAGGAUGAAUGUGUCACAGACGUUAAGGCCCAGACUCGGGCAGCCCUGCUCCGAGCUCUGCAGGAGGACGAGGAGCACUGGGGGAGCCCGGAGGACCUGCCGAGCACCCUGGCCCAGGACGUGUGUGAGCUGCUGGAGGAGCACACAGAGCGGGCGCCCCGCAUCAGCCAGGAGUUCGGGGAGCGGAUGGCCCACUGCUGCCUGGGGGGGCUGGCAGAGUUCCUGCAGAGCUUCCAGCAGCGCGUGGAGCGGUUCCAUGAGAGCCCAGGAGUCCGGGAGCUGCCACCCGAGACCUAUAUCAGCAGGACCAUCUCCCUGGUCAACUGUGGGCCCCCCCUGAGGGCUCUGGCGGAGCGCCUGGCCCGGGUGGGGCCCCCUGAAAGUGAGCCCGCCCGGGAAGCCGCCGCCAGCGCGCUGGACCGCGUGACCCGGCUCUGCCACCGGGUGCUGGCCGACCUCCUGUUCCAGGAGCUGCAGCCACACUUCAGCAAGCUGAUGCGCAGGAAGUGGCUGAGCAGCACGGAGGCCCUGGACGGCAUCGUGGGCACGCUGGGCGCGCAGGCCCUGGCCCUGCGCAGGAUGCAGGAUGAGCCUUACCAGGCGGAAGCACGUGGCCGCCCUCCUGGACAUCCGUGGCCUGCGCAACGCAGCCGCCCGCCAGGAGAUCCUGGCCGUGGCCCGGGACCUGGAACUGUCUGAGGGGGAAGCCCUGUCACCACCCCGCGACCGUGCCUUCUUCGCGGACAUCCCCGUGCCCCGCCCGCCUUUCUGCCUCGGCCUCC